CGACGACCAGGAAAUCAAGGUUUCUGAAGCGGGCGAAAUACCUAAAAAAAAGAAAUCAUCCUAUAAAACGAACCCACUUUUCUCUGUUCAUAUAUUACGAUUUUAUACGCAGCUGGGUGACACAACAGGAGGAAAUACGCGGAGGUUUUCACCUGGGACCAGCCCGGCACCGACCAGUCCGGCACAGACCUUCUGAAGUCCAGUCGCUCCUGGGACAGGUUCUGUUGGACGAGGGAAGCGCAGUACUUGUGUCUUCGCCGCCUCUCUUCUCGCAGCUACUCCGCUAUCAUGAUGAACCCAGUCAUGGAGGAGACAGUGUGGGAACAAUACACAGUAACCCUGCAGAGGGAUUCAAAGAUGGGCUUUGGCAUCGCAGUUUCAGGAGGACGGGACAACCCAAAUGAGGAAAGUGGGGAGACCUCCAUUGUGGUGUCUGAUGUUCUGCAAGGAGGGCCCGCCGACGGCUUGUUGUUUGAGAAUGACCGGGUGGUGCAGGUGAAUGCGAUCUCCAUGGAGGGAGUGGUGCACUCCUUUGCCGUCCAAACCCUCAGGAAGUGUGGCAAAGUGGCAAAAAUUACAGUCAAGAGACCCAGGAAGGUUCCAGUCAACCUGCUGAACCGCCCCCCGUCACCAGAUGACCGAGUCUUCAACAACGACUUCAACGACGACUACAACUACGACCAGGACCGCCGCAGCGUGUACAGCGGCCGGAGCGGAGGAGGGCGGGACCACAGCCUGGAGAGGGAGCGAGGAGGCUACGUGGACUCCGGCUACCAAACACGCGAGCGCGACUACGACAGAGACUACGACCGGGGGGAGCGCGGCAGGAGUAUGGAGCGAGACCUCAGCCCAGACAGGCAGUACAGGAGAGACGGCAGCAAAGGUCGGACUUUGGACCGAGAGCGCAGCCCGGAUCGCCGCUUCAGGAGCGACCACAUGCUGGACCGCGACUACAGCCCGGACAGAAGGUACCGCAGCGAGCGGGCGUUACACCGAGACCCCAGCCCAGAUCGGCGCUACCGCAGCGAGCGAGCCCUCGACCGGGACCACAGCCCGGACCUGCGCUACCGCAGCGACCGCACGCUGGACCGCACCAACAGCCCCGACCUGCGCUACAGAGGGGGCGGCCACAGCCCGGGCCGCGGCCACGGGAGCGACCACAGCUUCGACCGGGGCCGCGAACGCAUCCCCAGCGACCGGGACCACAGGAAGUAUGAAGAGCCACUGAGGCGCAGCGGGAGCAGAGACCGUCUAGACCGCUCGCCGUCACCCGCCGCCAUGCCCAUCCCUUUGGCCCGCCCUCCACGGGACCAGGAGCCCCUUGAGAAGCCGCUGAGUGUCCUGCUGCUGAAGCACCGGCCCAAUGAAGAGUACGGCCUUCGCCUGGGCAGUCAGCUCUUCAUCAAGGAGAUGACCAGCACAGGUCUUGCCAGCAGAGACGGAAACCUGCAGGAAGGCGACAUCAUCCUGAAGAUUAAUGGCACAGUGACAGAGAACCUGUCCCUCGGUGAUGCGGGGAAGCUGAUCGAGAAGUCGCGAGGGCGGCUCCAGCUGGUGGUGCAGAGGGACAGGAGGCAGGUGCUGAUCCGAAUCCCGCCGAUGGCCGACAGCGACUCCGAGCUCGAUGAUAUCUCUGAGAUCGAGUCGUACCGCUCCUACUCGCCGCAGGACGACAGGCGAGGCCACCACUCCGAUCUGUCCUCACACUCCUCCAACGAGAGGCUGAGAGAGAAGCCCAGGGAGGACCCACCCAACAGGCUGGCAAAAAUGGGUGCCAUGCCAACACCGUUCAGAGCUCCAGACCGAGCUGCAGACCGAGCUGCAGACCGGGCUGCAGACUCGCCGCCUCCGCAGGCAGAGAGGGAGGAGCACCGACCAGAAACACCGCCAGUCCCUGCAGUCGCUGUGGCCCCCAAAGUUCACGCUCCACCAAAAGUGCCAGCGAAGCCAAGCAUAGAGGAGCAGGAAAUAUACGGGCCCAACACAGUGAUGGUGCAGUUCCAGAAGGGCGACAGCGUGGGCCUGAGGCUGGCGGGAGGGAACGAUGUCGGCAUCUUCAUCGCCGGCGUUCAGGAGGACAGCGCCGCUGAACAGGAGGGUCUCCGCGUUGGCGAUCAGAUCAUGAAGGUGAACAACAUGGACUUCAGAGGGAUGGUGCGAGAGGACGCUGUGCUGUACCUGCUGGAGAUUCCCAAAGGAGAGGAUGUCACCAUCCUGGCUCAGAGCAAACCUGAAGUGUACAAGGAUAUUUUAGCCUCAGGAAGAGGAGACUCUUUCUUCAUCAGGACCCACUUUGAGUACGAGAAGGAGGCUCCGCAGAGUCUCCCUUUCUCCAGAGGACAGAUCUUCAAAGUGACCGACACGCUUUACGACGGCAAGCUGGGCAACUGGUUGGCAGUCCGCUCUGACAAAGACAACCAGCUGCUGGAGAAGGGCAUCAUCCCUAACAAGAGCAGAGCCGAGCAAAUGGCGAAUGUCCAGAACGCCCAGCGAGCCGCAUCAGGCAACGACAGAGGAGACUUCUGGAGGCUGAGAGGUCAAAGGGCGGCGAAGAAGAAAGAUCUCCGCAAGAGCCGGGAGGACCUGAGCGCCACGCCGGUCACCACGCGAUUCCCUGCGUACGAGCGCGUCGUCCUACGUGAAGCUGGUUUCAAAAGACCCGUGGUGAUAUUCGGGCCCAUUUCUGAUGCCGUCAAUGAGAAACUGGCCAACGAUCUGCCGAACGAGUUUGUCAUCGCCAAAACGGAGCCCAAAGAUGCCGGCACUGAGAAAUCGUCUGGAGUGGUGAGACUGAACACCAUCCGGCAAAUCAUUGAACAGGACCUCCACGCUCUGCUGGAUGUGACUCCCAAGGCGGUCGACACCCUGAACUACACCCAGUGGUAUCCCAUCGUGAUCUUCCUGAACCCCGACAGCAAGCAAGGCAUCAAGGCCAUGAGGAACCGGCUCGUGCCCGGCUCCAACCGCAGCUCCCGUAAACUGUACGAGCAGGCGGUCAAGCUGAGGAAGACGUGCUCGCACCUUUUCACCGCGACCAUCGACCUGAACUCGGCCAAUGACGCGUGGUACGGCAGCGUGAAAGAUUCGAUUCGGGAACAGCAGGAGAGAGCCGUCUGGGUGUGCGAGGGCAAGCUGGACGGCUCGGAGGAGGACCUGGAUCUCCAUGACGACCGCAUGUCCUACCUGUCGGCCAUGAGCGCCGACUACCUGAGCAUGGACAGCCGGCUGACCAGCGACUACGAGGACACGGCGGACGAGGGCGGGGCUUACACCGACAACGAGCUGGACGAGCCGCUGGACGAGCCCCAGCCGGUCUCCGCCAUCAGUCGGUCGUCGGAGCCCGUGCUGCCGGAGGAGAAGCCUUACCCCGAGCCCCGGGCCCGCAUGAGGAGGUCAGGGAGCAGGGAGGUGCUCAACAGAGAACCCAGCCCGCCCCCUUCUUUUGUCCCCGAACCCCCGAAGGUGCGGGCUCAGACCCGUAAUGAUUCAUCGCGAGGUUAUGACUCACACUCCAGCAGCACCAUCAGCAGCGACGCAGCCGGGGGCAACAAGCCGCUCCCGCCUCCCGUGGCCCUGAAGCCCAGCCUCCCCGGCCGCCUCAGCCAGUCGUCAGAGGAGCAGGGCCAGGCGGGGCCAGAGGAGGACCCUGCCAGCCGCUCCUUCCUGGGCAAGGUGAAGGCGUUUGAGCAGAUGGACCAUCUGGCCAGAGCCCAGAGGAUGCUGGAGCUGCAACAAGCAGAGAAUGCUCGACUGGAAAUAGCUCAGAAGCACCCGGACAUCUACGCCGUCCCGGUGAAACUGCCAAAGCCCAACCUCAACCGUCCACAGCCAAUAGGUUCAAGCUCCAACCCGGAGCCCCAGACUCCCUCCAGACCUCCGUACGCAGAGACGAGGGGCCACUGUCGCGAUGAAGACGAUGAGGAGGAGUACCGCAGGCAGCUGGCCGACCAGACCAAGCGAGGCUACUACAACCCACAGAAAUACAACGACACCGAGCUGUAGGACGAGCCGGAGCGCCGCAAACCGGGACCAACAAGCACACGCUGGUUGUUGCCUUGGUAACAGCUCAUCUCAGUACGACCAAGUUAAGUCUUGAAGUCGAUUUUAACCCCUCGAGACAUUUUAAUUGUUUGUAGGUAGUUAUCAUUCUUUAAAAAGAUGUCAUUUUUUUUUAAUGCUGGAUCUGUGUGCCAAGUCGGGGACGGGACGUGUGUGUGUAACUUAUCGCGUGCUGUGCUAAGCAUGACUUUGCGUAUGGAAAGUAGCUCAGGUGUGUGUUGACGCGCACAAAUCAGCUGAAAACGACACAUCCUUUUAAAGAGUUUACCGUCACUCCUGCACUCCCCGCACGGAGCAAAACGCUUUGGUUUCUCUCCAGUACCUUCCCUUUUCAUAGGCCUGAUAUUUCAGUGUAUAUAUUCUUUAUACUGGUGUGUUUUAAGAGGUUUUUGUUACAUUAGGGCACCGUUUUUCCAUCACAUUAACACGACAUAAUAGAUACAAGCUUUUGCUACCUUUCCUCUGGCAUACCUGGAGAAAACCUUUGUGCAAAGUGUGAUGGAAAAACAGGUUAGAGUUGUGAAACAGGAAAAAAAAAACAAAACGAUAGACCGUUUUUAUAACUGCAGCUAUUAGGUUUUAGUGUUUGGUGGCGAUUCCCUUCUUUUGUAAUCAUGUCAUAUGAUCUCUGAUUUGUUGUAUGCCUCUACAUUCCUAACUGGAUGUGUGUGUGUGUGUGUACAUAUAUGUGUGUGUGUGCGCGAGCCCUGGGAAGCAGCAUAUUUUCAAGUGCCUUGUAGCUCUGAUUUCACUUCACAGAAAAGAUCAGCAGGCGGCACUUGGCUCUCAAAGAGGUGAUGGGUAAAACAAAGCCGGAUUACACUGUGUACAAAACAUUAGGAACACAUGCUUUUUAUUUUAAUUUCAAUUUAUUGUGUCUUUAUCAGUCCCCAUUCAGACUAGUAAACUUCUUAAAUUGUAUCCUGACUUCUCUCAAUAUACAAUUUUAAAAAAUGAUUGAUGUGCAGGCUGCCUGUGCUGUGGUUAUUUAAUUUAAGUCGCCUGAAGUGAGCUGACCUGGUAAAUUUGUAUGAAAACCUGUUGUUGUAUUGACUUUGCUGAUAAAAGUGACCAUGAACAGGAUCUAUAAAUGAGGAGAAAAGACAGACUAAAGUAUUUCUCAGGCAGCUGAAACACAGGUCGAGUGAAAAGAGGCUAAAAGUCAACAUUAAGAUGUUCCAAAUGUUUUGUACCUCCGUAUAUUUCUCUUUCUUAGCUGCUUACAGCCAGUAAUAAUCACAUUUAUACUGCAUAUAUAUUUUUUAUGGCAUAUACAGUCAACUCUCUCAAGUCUUUUUGUACAAGGGGAUAUUGGGAAAUGUGAUGACAAUCAUGUCACUCGUUUUGCUCUAAUUGUCUCUUAGUAAAUGAUUUUCUUUUUUUGUUUGUUUGUUUCUUUGUUCGUUUGUGAUCUCCCUGACAGUGAAAACCAAGUCUUGUGACUCCUGGGAGAGUGAUCUGAAAUUCAAAUAAAUAAUGUUUAAAAAUUGGUUUUACAA